AAGGACUCUUGGGACGAGAUGGAUUGGUACUCUCUCGUCACCAGGGCUCACACGUUUUCCGAAUAGAUUUACGAAAAUUAUUCGACUGCUGGACUAGCUAGACCAUUUAAAUAAAAUUGUAGUUUUGAUGAUGUUUUUAUUAUUUCUAUGUCAAAGGCUUUCUAAAAUUGGAUUCUUUGAAUCAUAUUUUGAAAAUUACCCCCAAAAUAACUUCCAACAAGACUGUAUGAAAUAUCGAUUUAUAGUCGAUAUAUAUUCGGCUAUACGGCUCCGACCACACGAACUGUUGCCGAUAAUAAGCGUGUAAUGGCCGCCGCCAAGAAACAACCCAAGAUGGCGGAAAUGAACGGGGAAAUCGAGUGUGACGUUAAAGAGGGCUGUAGAAUGCCUGUAAGAAUGAAUAAUUCUGACGAAUGGCCAUUGGCAGAAAUCAUCAGCAAGAGAGAAAAAGGAGACGAAUUUGAAUAUUAUGUUCAUUUCAUCGAUUUUAAUAAAAGGCUGGAUGAAUGGGUCACAGAAGAUAGACUUGACAAAACAAGAAUACAACUUCCUAAAAAGGAGGACACCAAGAAAAUAAGCAAAGGCGCAGCAGGCUCUCGACCCCCAUCUCCCGAAAGAGAUAUGGUCAAUGGCACUGGACCAAGAACAAACAAGAUUCUGACGGGAAGGAAACGGAAAGCUAAUGCCAUGGACAAGUCUUCAGAUGAAAUUCUGAUUGAUAGUCAAGAUAGCCCAACCAAAGACACUCCCCCAACUAAAAUGAGCAGCCUGCGUCAGCAUGGUAGUUUAGUACAAGAUCGCAGCAAUGAUGAUAUUGUCACCAGAAUGAAGAAUAUCCAGAUGGUGCAGCUUGGCAAAUUCCGUAUUAAGCCCUGGUACUUCUCACCAUAUCCACAAGAGUUCACCAAUCUUCCUAUGGUCUACCUGUGUGAUUUUUGCCUUAAAUUUGUCAAAAGCUUUCACUGCUUAAAGCGGCACAUGGUAAAGUGCAACCUGUUUCAUCCACCUGGAAAUGAAAUCUACAGAAAUGGAACAAUAUCAUUCUUUGAAAUUGAUGGAAGAAAAAACAAGCAAUAUGCACAGAACCUUUGUUUGUUGGCGAAAAUGUUCCUGGAUCACAAGACGCUGUACUACGAUACUGACCCAUUUCUUUUCUACAUCAUGACUGAGUCAGAUGGCGCGGGAUUCCACAUUGUGGGAUACUUCUCUAAGGAGAAGGAGUCAACGGAGGAUUACAAUGUUGCAUGUAUUUUGACAUUACCACAGUACCAGCGUAAGGGUUAUGGAAAACUGUUGAUAGAGUUUAGUUAUGAGCUCUCCAAGUUUGAAGGGAAGACGGGCACACCCGAAAAGCCCCUCUCUGAUCUAGGCUUGCUGUCCUAUCGUAGCUACUGGUCUCAGACUAUAUUAGAAAUAUUAGUAGGCCUCAAAUCUGAAGAUGGAAACCCUCCAAGUAUCACCAUUAAUGAGAUCUGUGAGCUGACCAGCAUUCGGAAGGAGGACGUAGUGUCCACCUUACAACACCUUGGCCUCAUCCAUUACUACAAGGGGCAGUACAUCUUGUCCUUGGGCAAGGAAGUCCUUGAGGGACACAGGCGUGCCAUGUCAAAAAGGAAAAUAAGAAUAGACUCAAAUUGCCUGCAUUGGAACCCUAAAGACUGGGCUAAACGAGGAAAAUGGUGACAUAAGGAAGAAGAGAAAUUCCUUGUUUCAAAGAUUCAUUGCAUUUGACUCAAAGAAUUGACUUCAAAAAAUCCAUUAUGUUGACAGCUGGUUUAUGAUGCAUCAUUCUUCUUUUUAUUGUAAAGGAGCAUAUUUAUGCAAAGCUGAAUUCUUCGUGGCCACAGCAAUGUUCAGUAUCUAUAAAACCAAAUAAGAACGUAAGCAUAAAAUAAAGCUAGAUUUCCACAGAUAUUUAGAUUAUGAUCCAAUACCGUUUCUUUAAAAUACUAUGCCAUUUUUGUAUCAAAAUGUUUUAUAUCAGAUAUACCAGUAGCUUCCUACGCACAGAAGUAUUGAAUAAAAAUGCAAUAGUGUGUAAAAGGUAUUAUCUAACAAGUAAUAUGAUGUAAAUAGGAUGGUUGGGAAAGUAUGAAAAUCUUUUUUGAAAAGGGUACUGUGACCAAAUAAUGGGUCUUCUCUUUUUGUAUCCUAUGAUAGCAAUAGAGUUGUUUUCAUUAACCCGUGAAACAGUGUGAUAGUCAUAGGAUAAUAGUCAGUAAAACAUAAAAGAGAACAAUAGAAUCAGAUCACAAUAAAGUGUAAUACGCUAAAGUGUAAUACACAGGUUAAUGAAAAUCACUCUAUUUGCAGUUAUUAAAUGCAACACUUCUUUGUAAUAAAUAUAGUGACAAUUGUAAAUAAACUAAGAAAAGAUGA